AUGGCAAGACUGGAGUUCAUCCCAUCUGUCUCGGAAACAAUCGCCGGUGCCAUCCUCCUGUCUGCCGCACAGUGCGCAUUCGUUAAUCAGAUGCUUAAGACGCUGGCCGUCACUGCACCAGACGUUGACCCGGCCAAGCUCAUCGCCACGGGCGUGUCCGAGAUCCAUGAAGCGUUCCCCGCCGACCAGAUCCCCGGGAUCUUGCUCGCGUAUAUGGACGGCCUCCGGAUCCCCUUUGCAAUCGCCACGGCUACCGCUGGUGCCGCAUGCGUCAUCACCUGCAUCGUCGUAGGCGUCCCCGCCCGUCUCCAAAAGAAGGCUGCUGGCGGCGGCUUGGAUUCCAGUGAUGACGGUCCGGGGGGGGGGGAUUGA